AUGUCACAGGAACAAUAUAAAAUUUACAAGCUUGGAGACUGGGAGCUCCAGAGCGGCGAGAAGAUCACGGAUUGCCAUAUCGCAUACAAGACAUUCGGCGACCCUAAAUCUCCAGCAAUCGUCUAUCCAACUUGGUUCUCUGGAAUGAUCUCCGACAACGUCUGGUUGAUUGGAGAAGACAAGUUCCUGAACCCAGCCAAUUUCUUCAUCAUCAUCCCAGCCCUUUUCGGAGCCGGCCAGUCAUCCUCUCCAUCAAAUCGGCCGAGUGCUGGGCCAUUCCCGAAGGUGUCAUUUUACGACAAUGUGCGGGCGCAGUAUGAGCUUGUCACUCAGCACUUAGGCAUCAAGCAUCUGCGCGCUGUUGUUGGGUGGUCUAUGGGAGGAGCCCAGACUUUCCAAUGGGCAACGCAGUAUCCUGACUUCAUGGAUAUUGUGGUCCCCUUUUGUGCAUCUGCGAAAACUUCUCCGCACAAUCAGGUCUUCAUCGAGGGUGUGAAGACAUCCCUGAUUGCAGUCAAAAAGAGCCGUUCAGCAGGGACAGGGAACAUUGGGCUUGAUAGAGAGACCGCAGAGGCGUAUACAUGGACAGCGGAAGAGAAGGAUGUUGGCCUCAAAGCAAUGGGCCGUGUGUAUGCUGGCUGGGGAUUUAGUCAAGCAUUCUAUCGACACAGACUAUAUGAAACUGAGCUGAAGUUCAAAGAUCUCGAAGACUUCAUGGUCAACUUCUGGGAAAAGUGGGCUUGUUCCAAAGAACCCGAGAAUCUGUUGGUACUACUGCAGACCUGGCAGAAUGGUGAUGUCUCGCAACAAGAGCUAUACAGUGGUGACUUCGAAAAGGCAAUGGCAUCCAUCAAAGCGAAAGCGCUCGUCUUGCCGUCCAAGACAGAUCUCUAUUUCCCACCAGAAGACUCGGAGUAUGAAGUCGCUUGCAUGAAGCCAGGUAUUGGAACACUUGGUGUGUUCCCGUCCAUUUGGGGCCAUUGGGCAGGAGGCCCCGGUAACAGUAAGGAUGACGUGAAGUGGCUUGAUAAUAAGCUUGCCCAGUUCUUUGCAGACAACAAAGGUGACGGGGUCGAUUCUCUCACCCAGUGA